AUGCAGCUUGCUAGGCCCUCAUCAAAUCGUUCCGCGCCGGCCGAAGAAGUUCCAGACCCUGUGGGGCCGGCAUCGAUCCCCGUUGAGGUCUAUGCGGGGCCGAACGGGUACUACACGCGGAUGGGCGAUCCUGUCAGUCUUUCAAAUGAGCUGAGCGACCCUCAAGGCACGAAACGCUCAUUCGUUGUUCUGCACGAAAUCCGAAUAUAUGUGGUCGACGUUGAGGCAGACCGACUCGGCGGCAAUGGGGUGAACCAGCCAUCCCAGUCCCGAUCUCGAUACACGUUACCCGAGACGGCCGGGACUGCGUCACCGCAUCGGAGACCAGACUCGAAUAUGUGGACAUCGCAGGCAUGUCCCAGCGGCGGACUUGAGUGCCCAGACGUUGGGUUUGAUUGGGUAUGCAAGACGUGGGAGCUAGAUAAGAUGAUAGGGGAGAACCGCGAACGCAAGAUCCCAGGUGUUCCCUGA